CUUUUCAAAUUUCAAGCUUCUUUCAUGGCCGCCACUGGUUCACCUUGUGGUGCAUGCAAAUUUCUGAGAAGAAAAUGCACUUCGGAGUGUAUUUUUGCACCCUAUUUCUGCUCGGAACAAGGCCCCGCACGGUUUGCCGCCAUUCAUAAGGUGUUUGGUGCAAGCAACGUUUCAAAAAUGCUGCAUCAUGUGGCGGCUGCAGAUCGCUGUGAGGCGGUGGUUACCAUUGCUUAUGAAGCUCAAGCUAGAAUCAAAGAUCCUGUUUAUGGUUGCGUUGCACACAUCUUUGCCUUACAGCAACAGGUUGCAUAUUUACAAGCACAAAUAAUGCAAGUAAAGGCUCAAAUGGCACAAGGGUACGUGGAUUCAAGAAAUCUUGAAACUCCCAGCAUGGCUGGAGCAAUGCCAUAUCAUAACUACAUAAAUGCUGCAAAUUUCACGACCUUCACUACAUCACCACAGAGCUCCAUGGAGUCAAUCGAUCACAACUAUGAAGGCAUUGGGAUUCAAGAGAUUCAAAGCCGAAAUGGUUUCAAUAAUGAUCAUGGGUUAUAUAACAAGAGACUUUCUGAAAGUGAUUUGGGUGAGCUUCAAGAACUUGCAGUCAGAAUGAUGAGGAACUGAUCUUGAUCAGCUAAAGUUUGAUCUUGUGAUCGAAUAUAUUAUGUAAUAUGUAUAUAUAGAGUUUAAGUUAGAGAUGAAUUAGAUAAGAGUACGAGGCAUGGAUCUUGGAUAAGUUUCUUGAAGAUGUUCAUGGUGAAAACCUUAAAUUGGAGAAGUUGGUGCAUUUUACUUGGAAAUUUUGGAUGUCCCGG